ACCAUGAAAGAGUAAUUUUUAUUAAAUAAAAAAAUUACAUUUAGCUUAAUCUUUAUUGGAGUUGUUGUGAUAAUUACAUUUAAAUACAAAUGAAUGGAUAAAGGGAGGUGUAAUCGGAGUAAAUCUUAAAAUCUAAUGGAUUUGCAACGAGAAAGUGAACAAAUGUACCCAUUUCAAUGGCUAUAUUUGAGCAACAAACAGUCAAGAAAGUUGUAUUAGAUGAUACAGAGCCUCUUAGCUGUGUUAUCGAGAACUGGAGAAACGUCAAUGGACAUACAGAAUUUGUUAUAAGAGUGCAACGAGGGCCCUUUUCAGACAAGACCUGGCGUGUCUAUAAGCGAUAUAAUGAUUUCUACAAGUUGCACACUUACUUCCAAACGUCGGGGAUUUCCCUCCAGUUGCCCCCUAAGAAACUCAUUGGGAAUAUGGACCCGGAAUUUAUCACCGAGCGGCAACAGGGAUUACAAAAAUAUCUAAACAGCAUACUGAUGAAUCCAAUUCUAGUCUCAUCCCUCCCAGCAAGAUCUUUUGUAGAUCCUGCGAAUUAUUGCCAACCCUUUGGCGAAUUGGCCUUACAACACGUUUCAUUGGCGUUGCGUGGGGAAGUCGGUUGGGAAGUUGUGGGGCCUUUGGAGGAAAUGGGUUGGCGACUCCGAAAACACUACUACCACAUAAAAUGCAAAUCUCAGCCUAAAGACGAUUUAAUAGGGGGUUGGACCGACUAUGGCCCCGACAAAUAUCUCGAUGACAAGGACAUGCAUGCGUUAUUUAAAAGUUUAAAUCAGAUCCAACACCCCUUCAUACAUUCCAUUGAACUGUGCCUAUGCACCGACACGGGGGGCCUUGUAGUGCGAACCAACCACAAAAACGGGUCGUUGCGGGACCUGUUAUGUGGGGCCAAACCGAGACAGUCCUUUUUGAAAAAAUACGGCAAUCCUAAAGGACACAAACCGCUGGAAGUCAGUCAAGUGGCGCUUUAUGGGCGGCAGAUUUUAGAAGCACUGAAAUUUCUCAUGGAUAAAGGACUACCAUAUGGACAUUUGCACACAGGAAAUGUGAUUGUGGAAAACGACAGAGUCAAACUGCUCGAUAUAGAAAAUGGAGUUUUGGGAGUUCCUUCAUUUUACCGCCCCUAUUUCAUGCAACACCGCAAAAUAAACACUUUGCAAGCCAUCGAUGUGUACUGCUUUGGACACACGUUGUAUGAAAUGACGUUUGGGGCCCCACUUCAUGAAAGUGUCGCCGAGAACAUACCCUCAUGUCCUGCACUUCUGAAGUCGUUAUUGGAAUCGAUUUUGUCGGCAGAGGCUUGCAAAUCGGGAUUGCCCACAAUAGAAUCUCUUCUGAGUCAUAAAUUUUUUACUUCGGUUACGAUAACGCUUCUGCCGGACGAUAAAGCGCAUUUAAAAAUACCAAAUUCGACGAAGGAACAUCUGAAAGUGGCCGUUACCCAAAUGGAAGAGAGAUUGAGGGAAGAACAGAAGAUGGUGCGGAGUCAAAAGCGACUGGUCAAAGUGCAAGAAAUGAUGAGUUCUGAAGAAGAAAAGAAGAAGCAGAGGCAUAAAUUGAAGCAUGAGCAGCGCCAGCUUGCCAAAGAACAAAUGAGGCAAAAGAGUAAAUCAGAGAAGGAUGAUAAUGGUGAUAGGCCUGAUAGUGUGAAUAGUAGCACAGCGACUUCCAUAGGGACGGCAACACCGCCCUCAAUGACAGGUUGUAAAGUGCCGUCGCCACCACCGCCGCCGCCGCCCCCGCCGACAAUGUCGAACGGAAAUGCGGCGCCUCCUCUUCCAGAAAUGACAAAAGAUCGGUCUGCUCUUUUGGGAGCAAUUUGUAGCUUUAACAAAACUUCGUUACGUAAGACCAAAGUUAACUAAAUUCGUCUCAAAUAUGUUCGAAUAAAUUGAUGUUUUAUAAUGUGAUACGUAAUCUGUUUAUUGUUAUUUUUAGGGAAGUCAGGUAAAAAUAGUGCGUCAAAGUAAUCUAGGUGACGAAUUUUGGAUGUACAUUUAUUUUUCCAAAUGCACCAAUUCAUUAUAGAGAUAAAAAGGGUCCACACACUAUAUAAAAAUAGCAUAGUUUUGUGUUUUUCCAUGUUGUCUGUGCCUUCCCUAAAUUGUUUCUCGUGUUUUAGUUGAAAGCGAAGGAAAACUGUGCCAACGGUAGUUUGUAUGACUUUUCGAGUAAAUGAUGGCAUUUAAUCCCAGAUAUUUUAUGUAAUUGUUAACUAGUCAGGUGUUUUUGAGUUUGAAUGUACAGAAUUUGUCCCUUUCUAUAACUACUCAAUGUAACACAUAAGUAAUAAAUAAUUAUAGAAUUAC